AUUCUGGCGAUUCUGGGGCAACGAGCGGAUGAAGAGAACAGAUGGGUCGGGAUUUCUUGCAUCAAAAGACCCAAUCUCAGGUUAUUUCUUGCUAUAUCCAGCAAUUUAAUCCCAUAAUACGUCAAAAUUAGUGAACAAAUAUUACGACAAAAAAACAAUGGGAACUAAAUUCCUUGUAAGCAUGUAAAUACUCUGUAAUUGUCAAAACUUGAUUGACGUACGCUCGAGUGGCUGACAUAUCAGUCAGCUGACCUGUGUUUUCGAGGUUCGAGUACAAGACAGAACAUUUAAUACCAAAAUGUCAUUCGAAGGAAAAUACAAUGUAAAAAGUCCAGCUGUCAAAAGGUUGAUGCGUGAAGCUCAAGAACUAAAUGAAGCUACAGAGGAAUACUGCGCGCACCCUUUGGACGAUAAUCUUUUUGAAUGGCAUUUUACGGUCCAUGGACCACCUUCAACAGAUUUUGAGGGUGGUGUGUAUCACGGUCGAAUUUUGUUGCCACCGGAAUAUCCUAUGAAACCACCUAACAUCAUAUUAUUAACUCCUAAUGGCAGAUUCGAAGUAAAUAAAAAAAUAUGCUUAAGUAUCUCUGGGCAUCAUCCAGAAACGUGGCAACCUUCCUGGAGUAUAAGAACUGCGCUUUUAGCGCUAAUUGCCUUCAUGCCAACACCAGGCAAUAGUACGAUAGGCUCCCUUGAUUACAGUAUGGAGGAACGUCAAAAGCUUGCAAAGAGGUCGUUAAAUUGGCAAUGUGAUAGCUGUGGCAAGAUCGCUGACUUGCUAUCCAAAGACACAGCUAAAACACCCAUCACUGAAGAAGAGCAGCAUAUGUUGGAUACAAUUGCAUUGAAGGCCGACGAGGCUUUGACGAAUGAGUUCACUUUUACGCCUGAUGCAGAAGGUGUAACUCUAAGUGAAGUGAGACGACGCCUAGAUACGACGCAACACACCGAAGGCAGAGAGCAGCAAGAAUCUGAAACAAUCGUUAAUCCUCAAGUCGAAACAUUGUCAUCUUCGAAUGAUUUGUUCUGGAGUAUUCUGAUUGCAACGCUUUUAUUUGCGAUCAUUUUACUCGUUUUAAGGCGACUGUUCCUGGUUUGAAUUCUCUCAAUUUUCAGAUGAUGAUGAAUAUUACACUAAUAAGUAUGUUAACGAGUAUGAAGUAAAUUUUAUACACAUUUUAUCAACAGCGUUUCUAAGCUUAGUAUACGAUGCAAACAAUAAACACUACUGAACACACUGGUCACUUUUCGGUCUUGGCAAGUCAGAAACACUCCAACUUCUAGGUUUACAGGAUGCAAAUUUUUCUCAUGGAAUCUGUUGAAUGUCCAAAUUUAUAUAAACUUGAUAUCAAAUAAACAUAAUCUGAGCAUAAAAAUCGCGACAUCUUUGCCCGUGCAUCUAGUUAUUACAUUAUUGUGAGUUUUAUGAGGUUCACUAUCACUACGUAAGUCCUACUUUUCUUAUCUCUUGUAUUCAGAUAAUUUAUUCGACUUCUCAAUGAUAUUUUUAUUUCAUGAAACAACUUUCUACACUUGGAAUUAAAUGUUAGUGGCUAGACUUGCAAGCGAGAUCGCAUUGAUUUUUGGCCUCAUUUACUACUUGGCAAUGACUUUCGUUUAAACCUCGAAGCUGUGCCUAUGAAUUUUAGAAGUCGUUGAUAUAAAAAGACAUCAGAUACUAGGUAGCUCCUUGAAAAUUUGAGGCACUAUAAAUAUGUGUUGCUAAAAUCACUAAAACGCUCGAUUAUUAACGAUGGUAUAUUGCGACGCGAAUACUCUUUGAUGGAUCAACAUUUUGCCCACAUAUUUUAUACUAAAAUCUUGGGAUUAUUGAAUUCUAUCGAUACAUCAAAUUUUGAAUUCAUUGAGAUUGGCUGUAUUUCACUAGUAGUCAUACGAUAUCAUUCAUCUGAAAAUCUGGUAUUGAAUUAGCAUACUACCAUGCAUCCUGAUGAAUUAAAAAUAUUUCAAGCGUUAUGCAUUUAUUAGCUGGUAUUAACGAAUCAAUGAAGAUUAUAACAUUAUAAUUGUAAUUAAUAAUUUUGUGCAAAUGUAAAUUGUAUGUAUAAAAAUUAUUAUUCUAGACAUUGCGUCAAGAAAUUGCAAGUUUAUAUUAAAACUAAAUUGUACUGAAUAUUGUGGAAUAAAUGAAAAUACAUCAAUACCCAA